UACACCUUAACCAUGUAUUUCCAACAGUACUGGAGAGACAAGAGACUUGCAUACUCGGGAAUUCCUCUUAACCUCACGCUGGACAAUCGAGUGGCUGACCAGCUCUGGGUGCCUGACACAUACUUUUUAAAUGACAAAAAGUCAUUCGUGCAUGGGGUAACAGUGAAGAACCGCAUGAUCCGCCUGCACCCUGACGGGACAGUGUUGUAUGGGCUCAGAAUCACCACGACAGCAGCAUGCAUGAUGGACCUGAGGCGGUACCCACUGGAUGAGCAGAACUGCACUCUGGAGAUCGAAAGCUACGGUUACACCACCGAUGAUAUUGAGUUUUACUGGAGAGGAGGGGAGAAAGCCGUCACUGGAGUGGAAAAAAUCGAGCUCCCACAGUUCUCCAUUGUGGAGCACCGCCUGGUCUCAAGGAACGUCGUUUUUGCCACAGGUGCCUAUCCUCGACUUUCAUUGAGCUUUCGAUUGAAGAGAAAUAUUGGAUACUUCAUCCUUCAGACAUACAUGCCUUCUAUACUGAUUACAAUUCUAUCCUGGGUGUCCUUCUGGAUAAAUUAUGAUGCAUCUGCUGCUAGAGUUGCCCUUGGGAUCACAACUGUAUUGACAAUGACGACCAUCAACACACACCUUCGAGAGACGUUGCCCAAAAUUCCCUAUGUCAAAGCCAUUGACAUGUACCUCAUGGGCUGCUUCGUCUUUGUAUUCUUGGCCCUUUUGGAGUAUGCUUUUGUGGAUGCUCAUGGAAAUAUUCUCUUAACGUCACUGGAAGUUCACAAUGAAAUGAAUGAGAUAACAGGAGGUGUUGGUGACACGAGGAAUUCAGCAAUCUCCUUUGACAACUCAGGAAUCCAGUACAGGAAACAAAGCAUGCCCCGGGAAGGCCAUGGGCGACACAUGGGGGACAGAAGCAUCUCACACAAGAAGACUCAUCUACGAAGGAGAUCUUCUCAGCUCAAAAUAAAAAUUCCUGAUCUAACCGAUGUGAAUGCCAUAGACAGAUGGUCCAGGAUCGUGUUUCCAUUUACUUUCUCUCUUUUCAACUUAGUUUACUGGCUGUACUAUGUUAACUGAGUGACGACUGGAUUUUUCAAAGACUUCAUUUAACACUGAGUGAAAUAUUACUCUGCCUGUCAAGUUUUUAUACCUAUACACACAAAUACACACAAACACAUGCAUAUAUACAUACGCAAUUGUAUAUAUAUGUGAACUUUCUCAGCAUAUAUAUAAAAUACAUAUGUAUAUGAGGAUGUAUGUGUAUAUGAUUAUACACACGGAUGUAAAUGCCCAUGUGUAUACAAAACAAAUACACAUACAUAUAUACAUUUUGCAGCUAUGGACAAUUCAACACAGAAUGCAUAUUAAAGAGAGUCAGUUUUCUUUUCUUUUUUAAUUGAAAGGGACAAGUAUCACCUAAAUAUUAUGCUUUGAGAAUGAGGAUGUGAAACAUAAUAUCCUAAAAUGUUUUUUUCUUAUUAUAAAUUAGAUUUUUUUAAUUCAAAAAAAUUCUUAAUCUUUAAAAUCUCAUACAGUGGCAUUACUAGUUUUAAAUGAUUCACACACUUCAUAUCUUCUCUCAGUUUAAUAAAUGGAGACUUCUUUGACUUUUUUAGUAAAAGAGAUUGUUUUCAUCAGGCAUAGUUUUUCUGUGACCAUUUAUUGGAGAAGGUGAGUUACUGACAUUGAGCUCACCUACUGUCUGGGACAUAGAUAGAGCCUGUGUUGAUGUCUGAAUAUCCAUCUUUUGAGAACCUAUCAUUUUAUUAGAAGUACUUUAAUGUACCAUGAUUUUUUGGUUUGGUGACUUGGAAUGGAUUCAAUUUACCUGUCUUAUAAGAACACAGUAGCACAUUUUGACAAUGUUUCAUUGACAUUUUAGUCACAGCAAAUGUGCUCUCCAUCUUGUUUAAAUUUUCAGGCCUGAUAUCUAAUGGACAGCAUAGGAGUCUCAGGUUAAUUGCUAUUCUAAGGUAAAAUCAUUUAGGAUGACUUCCCCUUAUAUUUAUGUUAUCAAGCAUUCUUACAACAUUGUAUGUUACUAUAAAACGUAUUUGCAUAAUAUGCAUAUAUAUAUGUAUACUUACAAAGAUUUUGUUUCUUAUGCUUGCUCUCAUGGCAGCAUGCAAUGUCAUAUUUUUCUUUAUGUGAUGGAAUUACUUUCUGUUACCUAGAGUUAAAAAUGAAGAGCUAAGACACUUUUACUAUUCAACUUCCAAAACAAAGAGACGUUCUCAUGCCUUUAUUUAUGUAUCUGAAUCAUGCCAUAAGCACAUUCAAUUCUGCCUAGAUUCACUAAGACACUGCAGGAACAUGACUAGUACAUACCAUGUAUCACCCCAUGACCCAUGACCCUUCUCUUGAGGCAAAGGAGAGCCACUGACAGCAAAUACAGUCAUGUUUGGUUCCCUCUGAUCCACAGCCUCGUAAUAUUUGGACUUUUUAAAGCUUGUAGAAACAAGACAAGGUGCACUGGUUUCAUAGACGCAACCUUAACUUACUAUUUAGAUGAGAUCUUUCUAAAGAAAAAAAAGAGAUGAUAUAUUUUUUGUAAACAAUAUUUCUAUCACAGGCAUCCAUCAACGGAAAUGACUCCAGUUGUGCAAGCAGAUAUCACAGUUAAGCACUUGGAUGAGAAAAAAGUAAAAUAUGAAGAAAAGAACUGCUAAAUUAAUAUUUUAUCUCCAAAUGCCCCAUAUGCCCCCACCCUCUCUGUUCUAUCCAAAACAAAUGACAGAGCCUUGUGUGACACUCUCAGGGCGGGCACCACCUGCCCAUGUACGCAGGGACCCUAGAGGAUGCUAUGGGUAUGGACAAUCACCAGGAACAAUCAUUCCACUUUUUAAUUUGUUUGUUUUGGGUGGUAAUAACAAUCAUUUAUUUGUGGGAUUCCCUAACAGUUCAAGACCCACCAUCAAGCUAAUCCUACCCUUUCCCUGCCUUCAUUCCUAUAUUUCCUCAAAGUCUUUCUAAGAGCUGCUCUCUGGUUUCUUUAUUUGCUAAAGACUAACCAGUCAUUUGCUAUUGUUUGGCUCAUCUCUGACAAUUGUUAUGGGUAACACUGGGGGAUUCUCAAAGUUAAACUGAUUUGGAAAAAGCUUUGUAAGUGGCCUUAUCAUUGUUAACAUGUCGGGGGGAAACAGACAUCUGUGAAGCCCUUAGCCCUUUUACUACUUCAGGUAUCUUUUUUCUGCAUCCAGGUAUUCAAGGUGUGCACUCCAUUUGCAGAAGAGGGUCUUCAGAAAUGCACAUGAACUUGGACAAGAGUAGUGAAUAGAUGGAUUAGUGUACAGUUUAUACUAUCGUGGCAUUAAUUCUUUCUGGGGGGAAAAAGUGACCCAAAAAUAUUUCCUGAUGCAUAGUUGUUCCCAAACAUCACAAGUAGCGACCCCAUGAGACUCAGAGAGCUGUAAUUCUACUUUCCACAGUUUUCUGGAUAUACAUUUGCAUGGUACAGUCAUAAUAGCUUUUGAGCUUUUUAUAUGCAUUCGGCACCAAGAUUGGGAUCCAUGACUUUGUAGACACGGCAGUGAAGUUAACGUAAUGCUACCCUAUAAACAGUGUUUGUUACUACACAUGCAUAUACAUUCACACAUGACCAAGUACAUACAUAUAUAUAUUCUGUAAAAAAAAAAAAGACAAAAAAAGAAUUUUUUUGAGAUCCUUGAUAGGUGUUUGCUUUACACCAUUUGAGAAGUCAAUUACUUUUACUAAAAUUAUUUUCUACCGUCUCCACUUAAAAAGAAACAGAACUUCUGACUGUGCUAACAGGAAAGUUUGGUUCCCCAUUCUAUAAAAAUGGUCUUUCAGUGCUCCACAGUAUUUUCCUGAGUCAGGAAGUGAGCCAUAUCAAUGAGUUGUGAAACCAGAUCUCUAACAGCAAGAUGAGGUGGCUGAUACGUCCAGAACUCUUGAGAAAGGCGUGUAAGAUGUAAUUUGGGAUAUAAUGGGAUUUGUUCGUAACCUUUGCAAGUAAUAAAAAGGUAAUUUCUAGGUAGUCUUUCAAAUAAUGCUUCACAGUGGCUCAUAUGUACAGAAGACUCUUAAGACACAAAAAUUUCAGUUUUAUAAUUAUACAUAUUCAGAUAUACUUGAGAUAAUUCAGGAGCUCAGCUACAUAACUGUUCAAAUGGAAAGACGUAAAAUGCAAGUAAUCUUUAAAACACAUGUCAUUUCUGCUCACUAACCCUGAGAUUUUAGAGGAGUUUUUCUGUCAAUACCAUGAGGCAUUCAUUUCUUUGACUCCAAAUGUACUAGGAAGCACAUCAUGAUAAUGUCCCUUAGUGUUUUAAAACCACUGGUACAACUGUAAUAUCAUAUUUUUAACACCAGCACCCAGGACAUUUGGCAUACUAAGACAGUCACAUAACAGGUCUUUCUCUCCUGUUCAACCAUGAACAAUAUCAUCUCAGAGCUAAUGCCGAACAAGUCCGGGGCUGGUUUUAAGGAGAUGGGAACAUUACAGCUGUCGCUGUCGCUGUUCCAUCUCUAGUAGAUGACAUUGUUGAUGCUCGUCCUGCAGUGAUGUGGGUUAAAAAAGAAUGUGUCUAACUGAAUCUCCUGGCUUGAAAGUAGAUGUGAUAUCAUAAUUCUUACUUUUGCUCUCCACCGAGAAACCAGUUUCUACUUAUGGCCAUUUUGUGCAAACAAAACUGAACAAUUGGUAAAGUAUGUUGUUACUCUUUUGAAUUUGACUCUGGCCUUUAGUGUGAGCGAUCAGCCAUGCUAACAUUGGAUCUUGGGGCAAAGAGCUGCCUGAGUGAAUUAACUUUUUCUAGCUUGUGUGAUUUGGAUUGAUUAUGUAUUCUAUGGCACUGAAAGUGCCAUUAUUUCCUGAAAUACGAAAUUACCAAACACCUAGGUAAACAAUGACCUCCCCGAGAGUGGCUCACAAUAACAUGCCUCUCCCUAAAGCUGAUGUAUUCUUGUUAUUUUUUUCUCAUAUUUUUACUUCACAAGUCAGUGAAUGUAUUCAAGGUAAGUACAAGGUUAUUUAAGUAGGGGUAGAUGAUUGCUGUCAUGAUCAAUUCCCAUGUUGAUUUCAUUUCAUUGUAAAAAUAAAUUACAAUCCAAUUUUGCUUAAGCACAUUGAUGUAAUAUUUUGGUAUUGUUUGACAUGGAACAAAACAGAAAAAUUGAGUGAUAGAUAUAAUAUGAAAAUUGUUGAUGAAUGAAAUCAAAUUUAUUAAAAAAGGACUAACUGAAUUAAA